AUGAAUGAUAGUAAUAGCGAUCUCGAUGGUCGCUCAGAUGAGUAUCGAAUAUGCUGUCUAGUGGAUGAUGGCACAAGAUGUCAUCGUCAAGCUUCCAACGCCAGUUACUCGAAAAGGAUUCAACGAACAGUUGCUCAACGUCAUCUUAAAUUAACCAGAGAAUCGGAUGCUCCACACAUCUAUAUUUGCGACCAUCAUAAAAAUAUGAUACUAAGUGUUCGUAACAAAGGCAGACGAAGGAAAGAAUCGGAUGAAGAUGGCGAAACUCCAGAGGUUGACUUUCAUCAACUACAAGUUAGUGCUCUUCGACGAUACAAGCGUCACUUUAAAUUACAGACUAGACCAGGAAUGAAUAAAGCUCAGUUGGUCGAGCAUUUGCAGAAGCACUUUUAUACGAUCCCUGUGAUUGAGACAGAAGCUCUUUCGUACUUUAUCUACAUGGUUAAAACGUUUCGCAGUAAAUUAGAUCAGAAACCUCUGGACGCCUCUCUGUAA